GCGGCGGAGGGAGACGGAGCGGCGCGGCGGCGGAACCGGAGAGAGACGCGGACAUACCGGUGAGGAGAGAGAGGAGGCCUGUGGCGAACCGCCGAAACCGAAAAUUUUGGAGUCGGUCCUGAGACAAGAUAACAACCCCCCCAGCUCGGUGAAAUCUAAAUCUUCACGCUUAUCGAGCCGAUAACACAGAAAGGUGAUGCUUCGGAGCCUCAAUGUAUACGAGACGCCGUCACGGUUCUAGAAGCACAGAGCAGGGCGUGUAUCUCGGACCCUCCCAGACGCAAGCGCAGGACUGCCCCCCCCCUGCCGGGCCCCCCCCCCUCCCCGUCGCCACCGACAACGCCAUGUCCGGCCGGGACCGCACCCAGGAGUUCCUCUCCGCCUGCAAGUCGCUGCAGGGCAGACAGAAUGGAGUCCAGGUCCACAAGCCGGCUCUCAGCGCGGUCAAGCAACGCAGCGACUUCACCAUCAUGGCCAAGAGGAUUGGGAAGGACUUGAGCAACACUUUUGCCAAACUGGAGAAACUGACGAUACUUGCCAAGAGGAAGUCGCUGUUCGAUGACAAGGCCGUGGAGAUCGAGGAGCUCACCUACAUCAUCAAGCAGGACAUCAACAGCCUGAACAAGCAGAUUGCCCAGCUGCAGGACCUGGUCCGGUCGCGGGGCGGCCAGUCCGGCCGGCACAUCCAGACACAUUCCAACACCAUCGUGGUGUCGCUGCAGUCCAAGCUGGCCACGAUGUCCAACGACUUCAAGUCGGUCCUGGAGGUGAGAACAGAGAACCUGAAGCAGCAGCGCAGCCGGCGAGAGCACUUCUCUCAGGCGCCCGUCUCCUCCUCCCCGCUGCACGCCAACAACUUCGGCAGCUCGGUGCUCCUGCGGGACGACUCUCCGCGCUCGGCAGACGUCUCCAUCGACAUGGAUGCCAGGGCCAGCCAGCAGCUGCAGCUCCUCGACGAGCAGGACUCGUACAUUCAGAGCCGGGCCGACACCAUGCAGAACAUCGAGUCCACCAUCGUGGAGCUGGGCUCCAUCUUCCAGCAGCUGGCUCACAUGGUGAAGGAGCAGGAGGAGACCAUCCAGAGGAUCGACGCCAACGUGGAGGACACGCAGCUGAACGUGGAGGCGGCGCACGGCGAGAUCCUCAAGUACUUCCAGUCCGUCACCUCCAACCGCUGGCUGAUGGUGAAGAUCUUCCUCAUCCUCAUCAUCUUCUUCGUCGUCUUCGUCGUCUUCCUGGCCUGAGGGCGGCGGGGGAGGCGGGCGAGAGAGGGGGGCGUCCUGACCUGGAUCCCGUGGGGACUCGAGCGGCGCGAUGGCGGGGGACCCGUCACGACAUCCUGCCGCGUGAACCCCCCCCCUCUUCCUCUCCGCCGCCCGACCCCGAAGAGGAGCACGAGGGGCGCAGGGCUCCGGGACUUUCCGGGCGCCCGUUCCUGUUUUUACUGACUCGCGGCCGAAGCGCAGUUCUCCCUGAAAUAGAAAGUGUCGACUCCCGUGUACCCCCCCCCGCACAGCGCCAGGGGUCAGGGGUCAGGGGUCAGAGGUCAGCCUGGCAUGACAGUGGGAAAUCUCGACAGGCUGGCCGGGGACGGGCGCGACCUCACCUCGCUGCCCUGCCUGUCCUGCAGGGUCUCAUCUGUGAGAUUCAAUUAAGUCAAUAAAGGACCAAUCCAGAAGUGGAGGGGUGGUUCGUGGCCUGGGGGCGGACCGGACGCGUCAGCGGGGGUCUGAGGGGCGCUGGACAAACCGCUGCCCUCUCUCCUCCCGGGAGACGUUUGUAUUUAUUUCCUGUAGCUCUUCUGUCAGUGUUUUAAUGUGUCUCCAGAGGAGGAGGAGCGGGCAGGAGGUGGGAGGGGUGGGGCAGUGCUUUAAUUCAGGGGGCCCCAGUCCUGGUCCUGCGGGGGGGAGAGGGUCUCCACACAGUCACCCCGGCUCUCAGUCACGCAGUCGAACCCCUCACCGCCCUGAUCACGGGGUUGAAGGGUGAAUGUGGGGACUGGGUGCUGCUCGGUUGGGCCUGUAGGAGGUCACACUGUUUUUCCCCAGCUGAGGGAGCCCCACAUUCCUUGUCGGAGACCUGCCCUUGCCUGUGGCCAGCGGACCGGUACUGAACCCCAGCAGGUGUGUGGGUGUCCAGGACUAGCUUGGGGAGCCCCCCCCCCCCACACACACACACAGUCUCCCACAAUCCCCCUGCUGUUGUACCUGGGGAAGUGGUGUCAUGAAGGAAGACUUCCUGUCUCUCUCUCUCACACACACACAGAGAGAGGAGGCAGGUUCUGAUCCGCUCCAGGGCGGGCCAGCAGCCCAGGGGUGACCGUGCUGGAGUCCAGUGAGCCUGCCUGCGGUCUGGACAGCCGACCUGCCCCACAGGAGUUCCACCUGACCUCCGACCCCUGUGCUGACCAGCCUGAUGGUCCGCUGGGUGUCGGUCUCGGGUCACCCCUGCGGGUCCGAUGCCGAUGUACAAGCCGGCGCCAGAGGUCAAAUAAGCAAGUACUGAGUGCAGUUCAGUGAUCAGGGAAUGUGAUGGGAAUGUCUAGGGGUGGGAUUGCAAUUCAGGAAUGGCUUGUUAACCGUGGGAAGGGCCCAGCCACCCUUCCCGGGAGCAGGCCUGGAAAUUUCUUUUUUUCCUGUGACAAUAUUUGAUGCAUCUCUGGACUGUCCCGGACAUACGGACGUAGGUUGAUUUUUAUUCAGACUCUCGUUGAGACUUGACUGGAGUGGCUUUACUGUGAUUAUGAUAACCCACCCUCCCAGUCCAGCCAGUCCAGUCCAGCCUGCGGUGUCUCGGACUGCUCUGUCAGUGUCAGUGAGUCCGAUUAUAAUCCCAGUGAAGAACUAAUCCAGCUCCCAGUCCAGUCCAGCCUGCAGUGUCUCAGACUGCUCUGUCAGUGUCAGUGGAGUCUGAUUAUAAUCCCAGUGAAGAACUAAUCCAGCUCCCAGUCCAGUCCAGCCUGCAGUGUGUCAGCCUGCUCUGUCAGUGUCAGUGAGUCUGAUUGUAAUCCCAGUGAAGAACUAAUCCAGCUCCCAAUCUAGUCCAGACUCUUUUUUUCCCUGAUCUCUGAAUUAUAUUUAAGAAGGUGAAGAUGGUUCUUUCGACAAUAGUGCAAUUCAUAUUGUAAUGCAAUUUUUAAGUAAAAGUGCAUUUAGAAAUCUAAACCUUUGCUUUUGAAAUCUAAGACCUAUCUUUCUCAAUUAACUGUGACUUUUUUCUAUUAACAGCUUAAACAAAGAUUUUGUGUUGUACAGAGAAAGACCUGAUUAAAACCCUGAAGACAGUUA